ACCAUGAGACUUUCCUGGGCGCUCUUUGUUUCUGGUAUUUGUGCUAAAGUUUACGGCGGAGAUACGCAACAAGUCUUUGGCAGCUCUCUAGAACUUGCUGGGACGUCGUUUACUUGCGAGAAUGGAGUAACGCCAUCAAUCACUUGUUCGGACCCGUCGCAGCACGAACACAGCUGCUCGUGCGCCUGUACGAACGGCCUCAAAUUCGAACAAUCCCUUCCAUUCUCCUCUUUCCAGCCCGGUGGAAGCGGCAGCAACCUUUCUCCCGAUGCCUGCCAGGCCGCUAAUGAAGAACUUCUCACACGCGAGCAAAACUUGAUAAAUCAACUUCGCCUCAAAGAAGAAGAGCUCCUCCGGCGCGAGCAGGAGUUUUCAGCAGAAUUGAGCAC